AUGUAUCCGGACGGGUUGACCGAGAGCGAGAAGCUCAAAGUGAAAGAGUUGUGCACAAUGGUCAAUAUAUCCGAUGAAGACGCUCUGAAGCUGUUGAAAGAAAACGACUGGGACAUUCAAAUUUCGUCUCGCCGAGUCUCAAAACAAGAGGACAAAACGCUAGUCCCAGGCACAUCGAAAGAAGACGUCGAUUUGGAGCGUCUGUCGAGCCGUCUCCGCGUUCAUGGUCUCGCAUUCUAUCUGCCGGAUUUCGGCGGAUUUCCCAACGAGUUUCGCACGUUUCUAGAGAAGGAUCUAAUCGAGACGCAGACACAGAAACGGUUGGAAGCCUCGAGACAUCUCAACUGGUGGCACCAAUUCGGCCAAAAACUGUACCCAUUAUCGACGACGGGGGAUGGAAAUUGUCUGUUGCAUGCCGCUUCAUUGGGAAUGUGGGGCGUUCAUGAUCGUCAAUUGUCACUUCGAGAGACACUCUACGAGCUGCUAACGAACGGAGCCAGACGAGAAGCAAUUCGGAGGCGUUGGAAAUGGGUGGAGCACCAUUUGAAUCAGAGCAACGACCUGGCUCUAACGCUGUCUGAAAACGAAUGGCAGCUGGAGUGGAACGUCGUGCUGGGUCUCUCCUCGCCGUUGCCCCGGAAACAAGACGAUAACGGAUCGAAUUCGACGGACCAAAUCUACGAAAGUCUCGAGGCGAUCCACGUCUUCGCACUGGCUCAUGUUCUGAAGCGGCCUAUCGUUGUGGUGUCGGAUACGAUUCUCCGAAACGCAAAAGGCGAAGAGCUAUCACCAGUUGCGUUCGGUGGCAUCUACCUGCCCCUCGAGUGCCGCCCAUCUCAAUGCCAUCGAUCUCCGCUCGUCCUGUGCUAUGACUCCGCCCACUUUUCACCACUUGUACUCAUGAGAACGGAAACUAACAAUAAACAAAUAAUUCCAAUAAUCGAUGUGAAUCGGAAUCUGCUGCCAGUGCACUUUGCCGUUGAUCCGGGAGAGAAUUUCGAUUGGACGCGGCUGGAUAAUAAUGAUUUUCAGCAGAGUGACAUGUCGCAAAUCGACAAACUCGCGCUUAUCAGCCAGUAUAUGGAUAUUAUAAGACUCGACAUCCGCCGUGGCUCGAUCCGAAGCACGCGCCGUGUCCGAAGUGCACACGCUCAGCUGACAGAGAAUGGAAACAACAAUGGACACGCCCACAAUCAAAACCACCGUAAUCCAUUGACACUUCCACGCGACACAUCGACGUAUGGAGACGAUCUUCAGAAUCAGCAGAUUCAGAAUUCAUCGUCAGCGAAAGGAAUGACUCUGGCGUCGUCUGGAAUCGCCCAAGGACGUCAUGAGAAAUGGAGACUGAUCAAUGAGAUUCGAACACAUGUGCUUCGUACGUUCCGCAUCUCGACGACAAGUAGAUCAAAAGAGAAAUCAAUCGAUACGGACGACUGUAUUGCGAGGAUGAAUUCCACGUGUGUGCUGGCUUCAGAAUUGCUGCCGACACAUCAUCAGUACAUGGAUAAGAUAAUCAAUGAGUACAUGAAGAGUGCCAAACAGCGGUUUCAACAGAAUCAACGGACCGCACAGGCGGAUUCCAGGAAGAGGAUUAGUCGGAGUUUCAGUGCGAGCUCGUUGAUGCUCACGUGUAUUGGAUGUGAUUCGGAAUUCAAACCAGCAUCACAAGUGACGAAUAUCAUGUGUGACCAAUGUUUCGCCUGGCAAAAAAUGUCCGUUCUGAAAUCCACGUGUGAUCAAUUCAUGUCGGGACCACCGUGCAAAAGUUCGACCCUCCCAUCGUUCGGAUCUGAAGGCCCGACGCCACCGUCGACGUCUUCUGAAAAGGAGAAUAUUGUGGAGGUGCUGAGUGUGGUGUCGAAGGACGGGACGAAGGCGAAGACGAGCAUGCGCGCCGUGGAAGACGAGAACGGCAUCGUACACUACUAUAUGGAUGAUGACGUGGCACCGGAGACGACGGACGAUUGCUCAGCAGAACUAAUCGAUAAAAUAGACCAAAAUUUGGCCAGAAUUUAA